AUGUUCUUGUUUCGAGCUCAAUUGACUACUCUGUCAAAUUCUGGAACGUUCAGACUGGAGAAGCUGAGUUUACUUUGCAACACCCCGAUUUGGUCACCUCGUUCGCAUUCAAUUACAACGGUCAGCUCCUUGCAACAACUUCGAGAGACAAGAAAAUCAGAAUAUGGGACCUCACCACGAGAGAAGUGA